AUGGAGGCUUUCAACGACCCUCUGUGCAUCGGAGGCAAUUUGCGUAUGGCAAUCAUACAAAUUUCGGGACUGAAGUUUCCUAUGACUUGCAGAGCCACCAAAGAUCUGGCAGUGAUUUCUGCAAAUGUUUCACCAAUGUUUGUGCAGGGUCCGUCAGAAAAAGGCUUUGCCAUCGACUUUCUCAGAACAAUUCAGGAUGAAGGUUUUGGAUCACUGUGGAGAGGAAACACUGCUAAUGUCAUUCGUUACUUCCCCACUCAGGCCUUGAACUUUGCAUUUAAGGACUACUUCAAGAGGCUUUUCAACUUCAAGAAGGACCGCGAUGGCUACUGGAAAUGGUUUGAAGGUAACCUUGCAUCUGGUGGUGCUGCUGGUGCUUCAUCCCUAUUCUCUGUCUACUCCUUGGACUAUGCUCGUACCCGACUUGCAAAUGAUGCCAAGGCCGCAAAGAAGGGAGGAGGUGGGAGGCAGUUUGAUGGUUUGGUUGAUGUCUACAGAAAGACCCUGAAAUCUGAUGGCAUUGCCGGUCUUUACCGUGGAUUCAACAUAUCUUGUGUUGGUAUCAUCGUGUACCGUGGUUUGUACUUUGGAAUGUAUGACUCUUUGAAGCCUGUGUUACUGACUGGAAAGUUGCAAGAUAGUUUCUUCGCUAGCUUUGCCCUUGGUUGGCUAAUCACAAAUGGUGCUGGUCUUGCCUCUUACCCAAUCGACACCGUCCGUAGAAGAAUGAUGAUGACCUCAGGAGAAGCCGUGAAGUUCAAGAGCUCGAUGGAUGCAUUUACUCAAAUCCUCAAAAACGAGGGCGCCAAAUCAUUGUUCAAGGGUGCUGGGGCGAACAUCCUUCGUGCCAUUGCUGGUGCUGGUGUGCUUGCAGGCUAUGACAAGCUUCAGAUGAUCGUAUUUGGCAAGAAAUAUGGCUCUGGUGGUGCCUAA